GCAUAUGUGGAAUGCUGCUUAAUGCUACAUUAUUAUGGACUGUUUGUGCUAACGAUGGCUAGCUGGCUGACGGAAACAUUGUCUAGUCAACUCAGGUUAUACUGGGUGUGAGGGCCCAGGUGUAAUGGAACCCUAGUCCAGUGAGUGGUUCAGGAUGCGGCUGCUAAACUGGGACACGCCCAGUUCCUACAAGCGGCACCUGUGAGGCUAAACCACACAUGGGUUCACUUUUAAUUGAAAAACACUGAUAAGUGCAGCUUUAAUAUCACAAUAAUCCGACACCAUCACAAUCAUCAUCAUCCUAUUAGCAGAGUGGGAUCCAUUUCCCACCAUCAUCAUCAUCAUCAUCAUCAUCAUCAACAACUUCUUCGUCAUCCUCGUGCACAGCCCUCUCUGUGCCCGCGUGCGCCGCCUGUCCUUUAAAAUGAUUUUUUUUUUUCGUUCUCUCUCCAUCACGCGGAAGUCGGUGACGCACCAUCGCGCACAGCUGCAGCCGCUCAGCGAAAUAAACACGGCGUCGUCAUUCGGCGUCAGACAGCGGUGCGAGCCGGUGAGCGCUUCCCAGUCACAGGUCCCAGUCACAGGUCCCAGUUAUAGGUCCCAGUGUGUCGGUUCUGUCAGCGGGAACAUGGAGCAGCCUUCGGUCCUCUGCAGCGGCGCGUCCGUCCACACCGGGGCUCCCGUGUCUCCGAGGCGCCGCUCGCUUCAUUGAGUCCAACCCGAGGCGGCUGGUGGUCGGAGGGACGGACGGACAGAGGGACUGACGGAGGGACGGAGGGACGGACCAACGGACUGCCGGGCGUCUGUACUGAAGCUGUGUGAGAAUUUGUUUGUUUCCCCCCAUCGUGAGAACCGACGGCGGAGAGACCCAGACCGCAGUCAGUGGUGAUUUAAGGGCGCUGUGGGCCAGGUGUCGCAAUUCAGACCAUCAUGACCCUUGCUCUGGCAGCGGGACAGGACGUGUGUGUGUGAGCUUCCCUGGUCGGCUCUGCUGGGAUGAACAUGCCACUGCACCAAAUCUCUGUCAUCCCCCGUGAUGUCACCUCAUCACGGGUGUCAGGCAGCGGUAAAGCGAAGGACAAGGACAAGCAGAAUGAAAAGCCUCUGGGUCAUUCUGCAAGCAGGUCCAGCAAUAUAUCCAAGGCGGGUAGCCCGACAUCUGUCAACGCUCCGUGCAGUUUCUCCAGGACGUCGGUUUCCCCCUCAAGCCAGGACAUCUGCAGCAGUCAUGAUCAGGACUGUCAGAAGCAGACCGCUGUGGUUCUGUUGAAUUCGAAUGGUAAAACCUGUCAAGGCUCUGGAGGUAUUUCAGUGACCACCCUCUGUGCAGACGCCAGUCAGGCCUGCAAACAUGCUAAGCAACGCGACUGGCUCUCUCUGCUCCGCCCCUCCUCCGUCAACCUCCGACCCGCCAGCUCGCUCAGGUUCUCCAUGUCUCUGAACGACGUGGGCCAACGCGUGGACAGUCUCUGCCGGGGCCUGCACUUCAUCGAUCGCACCUGCUCGGAGGGAGAGCUGGAGCUGAAGCCCGAGGCCGCCCAGCCGGCCAGCUUGAAUCGAAAGGCUAACACGCUCAGCGGCAAGCUGGCUGCAUCACCCCCGCCCCCACCCCCACCCCCGAAUCCUUCGGCCUUCUCCACAAGCGCCCACACCCACCUGGUCCCUUCCUUCACCAACAACUACAAAUACAUGCAGGGAAUCCCUCCCGCCGAUUGUUUUACAUCUGAUCCUGCCAUCGUUGCACCUCCUCCUCCUCCUCCACUUUCCAACGCCCACCCCCACCCGCAUCACUCCCCGAGCGCCAACUUCCUCCGUCUCCUCCUCCCCUUUUCUCGAUCCUCUACCUCGGCCAGUCUGCAGUUCUCCGAGCUAGGCAGCUAUGGCUCUCACCUCCACAUCAACAAGUCCUCCAGUGUCAUGCUGGAAGCCAGCGAGACGGGGUUUCCCCCCGAGAGAGGUCUUCCCCCCCAGGAUGCACUGGGAGAUGACAGCAUGUUUGAGGCGGCGUGGUCCAGUCCUGCUCUAAAGGGAACAGGCAGGCUGGCUACCCAAGAUGCAGUAAAAAUGACUGGCCCAGGCGCACUUCUUGCCCCACUGUGCUACAUGGAUAUGGAUGAGGACAGUGACUUGGACCGCUGCACGUCCCCUUUGUCGUACAAAACUGGGCCAGUGUCACGCUAUUCGCUCUCUGGGGACUGCUGCAGGAUUUGUCACUGUGAAGGGGAUGAGGAGAGCCCCUUGAUCACACCAUGCCACUGCACAGGGAGCCUGCGCUUCGUCCACCAGUCCUGUCUCCAGCAGUGGAUCAAGAGCUCUGACACUCGCUGCUGUGAGCUCUGUAAAUAUGAGUUCAUCAUGGAGACCAAGCUCAAGCCGCUGCGCAAGUGGGAGAAGCUACAGAUGACGGCGAGCGAGAGGAGGAAGAUCAUGUGCUCUGUGACCUUCCACGUCAUCGCCAUCACCUGCGUGGUGUGGUCGCUCUACGUCCUCAUCGACAGGACAGCAGAGGAGAUCAGACAAGCCGGAAGAAUCCCAGGGAUCCUGGAAUGGCCUUUCUGGACCAAGCUGGUGGUCGUGGCCAUCGGCUUCACGGGUGGACUGGUGUUCAUGUACGUCCAGUGCAAAGUCUACAUACAUCUGUGGAAGAGACUGAAGGCCUACAACCGGGUCAUAUACGUGCAGAACCGGCCGGAAACAUGUAAAAAGCUGGCGCUGGAGAAGCCGCCGCUCAUGGAGCCGAGUCUGGAGAACAAGGAGGCGCUGGUCCCCACCCAGUCGGACACAAACUCCUCCCAGUACACAGAGACAGAGGACUACAGUAUGGAGGUGCUCCAUGUCUGACCGCUCAGGCGACGCCAUCGGUUGUCCCUCGGAUGAGACACACACACAAACAAGCCCACGGUGGCGGUGGAAGGACCAGAUCCCAGACUGACCCGCUGUCGUCCUCUGGUCAUCUUAUGUUUCUGUAGAGACAGACAGACGGACAAUGACUGUCCUCCUUUGUCCUCAACCCUCCAUCCUCCUGCACCCUUACUCCACACUCAUUUCCCAGGACUGGACUGUUUUUACUCAGUUCUGUAAAUGUCUGGAGAGGCCUGGAGUUUACAAAUCUACACACACACAUACACACACACACACACACGCACACACAACUUCUUGUAUGUUCCUCUGGAGGAGCAGGACUGAGACAGAUGGACUCACUAACGGCUCCGGAGGUUUACACAUCUCUGACCCGUGGUUUCUUCACUCGUGGGUUUGUUGGAGUUGUUCUUUUUUUCCUGCUGUCUGUGAUUCUACUUGGGCUCACCCUCUGUGGAUCAGUCUGUAGCGCCACGCAUCGGAUCUCUGGAACAUUCCAGCCACUGCCGUCCCUGUCGCCGUGGUCUGUCAAGUCCACGCUGGUCUGCUGAUCCGACCAGCGUCUUGAUCUGGACACGCAUUGAUGCACUUUUCUUUUUUUCUUUCUUUAUUUUCAAGUCUUAUACGUUGUACAUGGGGGAGAACAUACUCACACAACCUUGUGUCUUGAAGAUGUUUCCUGUUUCAUUUGACGUUGCAUUUCUUUAAACGCACAUACACGUAUAUAU